AUGUCUGUACCUCAAUUGCCUAAUCUGACCAUCACAUUGGUAUCUGAUACAUUGUCCAUCUAUAAUACCGAUUCAGCCGUUGAAUCAAUAAUAAUAUUUAACUCUAAAUCCAAGAAAUUAAUUGGUGCAUCCAAUGACCAAGUUACCUUAAAGUUUGCUCAACAGAUCACUGCCUAUGCAGCAAAUGUCAUUCAAGAUUACGAAUCAACCCCCCUAGGGAAGGCAAACUUUGUGAAAGUCAGUUUCGGUUCUAAUACUUUAAUCAUAAUACCGAAUAAAGAGUAUAGUAUAUGCGCAGUUGUCAAGAAAUGA